UUAUUUUACAGCACUUAAGCCUUGUGCUCGGUUGACUUCACGGUCUGAAAAGUCCCCUAGCCCAUCUGUGCUGAAAGGAAAAUGAGCGGCGGGCUGGCGCCCAGCAAAAGCACCGUGUACGUGUCCAACCUGCCCUUUGCUCUGACCAACAACGAUCUGUACAGGAUAUUUUCAAAAUAUGGGAAAGUUGUCAAAGUUACUAUUAUGAAAGACAAAGACACCAGGAAGAGCAAAGGAGUUGCCUUUAUUUUGUUUUUGGAUAAGGAAUCCGCACAAAACUGUUCUCGAGCACUCAAUAACAAACAGUUAUUUGGAAGAGUAAUAAAGGCAAGUAUUGCCAUCGAUAAUGGAAGAGCAGCAGAAUUCAUUCGCCGGCGAAACUACUUCGAUAAGUCUAAAUGUUAUGAAUGUGGGGAAGCUGGGCACUUAAGUUAUGCUUGUCCUAAAAAUAUGCUAGGAGAGCGAGAGCCACCAAAGAAAAAAGAAAAGAAGAAGAAAAAGAAAGUGGUUGAACCAGAAGAAAUUGAGGAGGAAGAAGAAAGUGAAGAAGAAGGUGAAGACCCUGCACUAGAUAGCCUCAGCCAGGCCAUAGCUGUUCAGCAAGCCAAAAUUGAGGAAGAGGAACAAAGAUGGACACAGACCGCAGGAGAACUGUCGAUUUCAGAUGAUUCAAAACGUCCACGGAUUAAGAAAAGCACUUAUUUCAGUGAUGAGGAAGAACUCAGUGAUUGAAAUAGUGCUGUUUUAUAUAGCUGUAUGUAUAUAAUGUACAUUUUGUAAAGGGAUACAUGGUUAUCUGUAAUAUGGAUUUGUCUUGGUGUUGAAGGCAUUUAAUAAAAAAAACCUGUAGGGAGCCUUCUGUCCUCCCUGCAACACCAUUUUUUUAGUUCCCAACACUGUCUUUGAUCUCUCGCAACUUCUGCCAGCAAGGCAGCUGCUGAAGACAAUGAUGUGUUUCUAAAUUAAAUCCAGAGGAACAUCUGGGAGAAGACCCCAUGCAGUUAGUGUCUACAGCAGAAACUUGGGGGUGAAAUCUUUUUAAUUAGGGGAGCUAAGAGGAGUUCCUCUUAGGAUUACUGUUAACUUUGCUCCUCUGCCUAGGGCUGAUUUAUUUUUCAGUCUCUGUCAUUGUGCUAGUC